AUGAAGUCAUUUUCCUGGGAAGAAAGAGGCGUACGUGUUGAUGGAAGAUUUCUCUCGAACCUUCGUUCCGCGGACGACAUCGUUCUCUUUUCGAGCAGUACCAUUGAAGCACAAACGAUGCUCAACGAAUUGAACGAAACAGAGAAGAGAAUAGGACUGCGAAUAAACAGAAAGAAGACACAGUUCAUGAAGAACCCCUACUGCGAGGACGGAGGAGUACAACUUGAAGGCUUCCAAAUCGUGGAAACUUCGUCAUACGUAUACCUCGGACGUUCUAUGAACAUGGAAAACGACUUGAAGGAAGAAUUGAAUAGAAGAAUGAGAGCAGCAUGGGCAGCAUUCUACGAAAUUGCGGAGCAACAGACGGACCAAAAUCUUCGUGCACAUCUAUUUGGCUCGACAGUUCUUCGAGCGCUCUGUUACGCAGCGGAGACGUGGGCAGACACCGCCGCCACGUGUAGGAAGCUACUUACUACCCAGAGAGCCCUUGAGAGAUGUCUUCGGAAGUUUAACAAGCGCACACAACACUUGGAUGGUCUUCGCAGCUCCGACAUAAGAAGAAUGUGCCGUCUUCGCGACCCAGCGGAAUAUAUAUCGAAAGCAAAUCAUAGAUGGGCUGGUCACAUUAUGAGAAGAAUCGACGAUAGAUGGACUAAAAGAACCCUAAAGUGGAAGAGAAGCUAA